UGUUGCUUUUGUGUCCCCAUCAUAAGUUUCAUAUAGCAACCACAAAACGCAGGGUCACCAUUACCUCGUCUUUUUUCCUAGACAGCGCCAGACAUAUUUUUAUUUAUUGUUCGACUUCACGCAAAGAAUAUGAAGGUAUCCAUCGAGUCUUUGUCCUGUUUACACUGCUAACUGACACUUUUCAGUUUUGUCUGUCUCUCAUUUUGUUCUCAAUUUCAAAGAAAUUUUUUUCUGUAUGCAAUGAGUGAGAAAUGGCGUCCGAUGCGGUCAUUGCGGUUUCGAGCCUUGCGGGACACACGUGCGGGAUUUGUGGACAUGAGCUCUCCGGACUCUCCACUCAAAUCGCAGUUCCGUUCAAAGCAACGGAGGGGACCACGAGCAGCAGCUCGUCUGCCGUAAGGUAUUACCGCCCUGUGCACACACACUGUCUGCAGCGAGUACUCUUAUGUACCGGCAGGCCGAGCGAGGUGGUGAAAACUCAUCUUUCUUUGGCGAGUCAAUCCGAAGCUGCCACUGGUUCCCGCAAAAGGAAGCGGGGAGACGACUAUGAAGAUCCAGAUACGCUGCACGUGGCUGUUUUCGCCCGUCGGCAAAUCGAUGCCUCAGAGUCUAGCAAUGCAGCGAGUGCGAACGAAGAGGAGAAUGACCCGCAAGCGUCACUGGGCCUGGACACCAACCUGCUUGGAAACGCGAAACUCACGGAGCGCAAACAGUUACUCCCAGCUGAGCGACGAAAAGCUGAAAAAUUGCGCAAAGAGCAGAAGUCUAGGCUAAAAGCAGCGGACGCGUUGUGUGAAUCACACUCCGAGCAAUACUUUUUAGUGCAGUACGUUGACAAGAUCACAAGUUUAGUUGGCUCUGGGUUGUCUAUGGCGUUGUCCUCCACCGCAUCCUCUUCAACGUCCAGCGGAUCUGCUACUUCCAGCAGUCGCACUUUCGUGUGCUGCUCUAGGGCCGUUGACGAAGGCGAAGGCACAGGUCUCCCUUGCGAGGGGUGCUGGAAGUUCUUUCAUUCGUACUGUGCGGGCCUUGGCAAUCGUAUAGAUUUGCAGCCGGAGGAAGAGAUCGGAAGUAGAAAUGGAGCUGCAGCGGUACUAUUGGGUCUGCCCGGAACAAGCAGUAGCGGAAGUACCAUAGGCAGCACCGUAACGGGUGCGAAAAAGAAGGGAAAAACAGUAGAUGAAGCGGCUUCUUUCCAAACACUAGUGGAGCCAAUACUCGAAGCGCUUUGCAAACAGCAGACCCGGCUGCCUGCGCUCGACGGGAGACAUCGUGGGAAAUUCUAUUGCGAGAUGUGCGCACGAGUGCGGAAAAAGCGGCGCAACGUAGAGGAUCUCCCGCCGGCUUUUCAAAAGGUUUCGCAAGUCGCUGCUUUCACCCCGAGCGUCGAGUUGCCCGAGGUUGUCGUGAGUGCGGCUGCCAGCAACGCCACGAAUUACCUCGCGCGCUUUGCGGCGAAGCGCCGGAUGAAACAGCAGGCAGCUGCGGCGCCGGAAAGUGGAAAUGAAAAUCAAGAGAAUCGCUUUGAACUGAAUCCCGUGUACGAGACAGAUUUUCUGGGAAACGGAACUGCACCUUGAAGGUACAACGCGUACGUAUUAAUUCCAUCGCGACAAUAUUACCAAGCGCAAUAGUACUUACUACCAAAGGCCUCGGCGUGGCAUCG